CCAGCCCAGCGCCACCAUGCUUGCUCUGGAGGCUGCACAGCUCGACGGGCCACACUUCAGCUGUCUGUACCCAGAUGGCGUCUUCUAUGACCUGGACAGCUGCAGGCCCCCCGGCUACACGGAUGCAGACGGGGCUCCCGACUCCCUGUGGGACUGGACCCCGCCCGCCCCAGCCACCCCCUAUGAGGCCUUUGAACCCGCAGCAGCCACCUUCAGCCACCCCCAGGGGCUCCAGCUCUGCUACGGACCCUCAACCUACAGUCCCGGGGGGAGUCUUGACCCGGCCCCCAGCCUGGAGGCCCCGGGGCCCGGCCACCCAGCGUACCCCACGGAGAACUUUGCCAGCCAGCCCCUGGCCCCCCCGGCAUUCGCCCCGUACCCCAGCCCUGUGCUGUCGGAGGAGGAGGACUUGCUGCUGGACAGCCCCGCCCUGGAGGUGUCAGACAGCGAAUCCGACGAGGCCCUGGUGGCGGGCUCCGAGGGGAGGGGAUCCGAGGCAGGGGCCCGCAAGAAGCUGCGCCUGUACCAGUUCCUGCUGGGGCUGCUGACCCGCGGCGACAUGCGCGAGUGCGUGUGGUGGGUGGAGCCGGGCGCCGGCGUCUUCCAGUUCUCCUCCAAGCACAAGGAGCUCCUCGCGCGCCGCUGGGGCCAGCAGAAGGGCAACCGCAAGCGCAUGACCUACCAGAAGCUGGCGCGGGCCCUGCGCAACUACGCCAAGACCGGCGAGAUCCGCAAGGUCAAGCGCAAGCUCACCUACCAGUUUGACAGCGCGCUGCUGCCUGCCGCCCGCCGGGCCUGAGGCCGCCCGAGGCGCUCGGGGGGCGCACCGCAGCCUGCCUGGGGAGCCGCGUGGGGGCGUCACGCCGGCGUCCCUGCACCCUGGCCCCUGGGACCCACAGACCCCCCCCCCACAUUGGGGGGUGGGAGUAGCCUGCACCCCUAAGCCUUGCCCAGGGCCACUCUGGGGUCCCCUUGUCAUGUCCAGGGUCCCCAUGCCUUGGGUUGCUCUACUGUAUGAGGAGGUGGGGGCAGUGCUUCCAGCAUCCCUGGCACCUCCUGAGAUCUCUCAAUCAUUUGGGGGUCCCAGGUCCCCCUACUGGAGGUCAGGUGGGACUGCCACAAUCCUAUGCCCAGCCCAGGGCCCCUCUGAGAUCUCCUUCCCGUGUUUGAGAUCUCCUAGUUAGGUCUAGGGCCCUCUGGGUACCCCUUAUCAUAUCUCAGAUCUCUGUGAUCCCUUAUCGUAUCUGUCCCUCCCCAUGCCCCCCUUGUCAUCUUUGAGAUCCCCUCAUUCUCUGGAACCACUCUGAUCACUUUUUCAUGUCUGGAGUUCUCCAAUCACAGAGUCCCUCUGGGAUCCUUUUGUCAUGCCUGAAGCCACCCUUGUCAGGGUGGGGAGGGGCACCCCAGUGGGCCCCCCUAGGAACCCCCUUAUCAUUCCUGGGAACCUCCAGCCAUGCCUGAGCCCCCCCACACGUGGAAUUCCCUUCCCAGAUGCCCUUUUGGGGACCCUACCAGCAGCCCUGAGUUCUUGUGGGGUCCCUGCUCUUCCUGGGGUGCCCUCCCCACAGCCACACUGAGAUCAGUCCAGGACAAACCAGGUCCUUGGUGGCAUUUACUUCAGUUCCUUGUAGCAUUUUUUGGGGGGAAAAAAUACAAAUUAACCAAGAUUUCAAAACAGGGAGCUUUUAACAUAAUCCAGAUUUCUGGUUUCCCUUAAAACUUUGGACCGGUCAGCGGCCAUGGAAAGGCCCAGGCUGGGUGGCAUCCCCUUCUAAUGGGGCAUCUGCUCUCUGCCUUGCCCUGGCCGCACUGUCUUCCAGCAGUGUCUUCUCUGGGUCUCCUGCUGGACCCAUAGCCCUUUGCAUUGCCACUCCUCGUGUAAAUCCAGCUGGAGCUGGGGCCUGGAUGGACUGAGCAGGAGGCCGAUGGGAGGUGGAGGCUGAGGGCCAGGCCCUGAUCUGGGGGGGGCCGUGUUCUAGGUGAGCAACUUGCUGCUUCCAAGCCUCAGCCUGUCCCUUCUGUGAAAGGGGGUGAGGGAGAGGAAGCUAGAAGUCCCUCUCGGGCCUCAGAGUCCACUCCACCCCCCCUGGUGGCCAGGAGAAGGAUGGAGACGGAGACGGAGCCUCAGCGACCCAGAGAGACCCACUUGGGACUCAGGGCAGCACAGCAGCUGGUGGUAGAGCAGGUGGGAGGGCAUGUCCUCCCCACCGCCUCAUUCUACCAGUGAUGUACAUUUUGGAAAAAAAAAAAAAAAAUCACCCAGCAGC